UUCAGUUCCUGAUUUCCUUCCCAUGUCUCUAGAUGUUUCUUGGGUUUGUUCUCCCCUUUUCCGUUUCUGAGGUUUCUGUCUCUUUCCCUGCUAGGUGUUGGGAUGGAGGGUGAGACCGAGAAGCAGAAACCUCAGGAAGAAGAUGCUGAGCCAGUGGAAACACAGGGGGUAUCACUGCAAAAAUCCAAAGGGAAGGUGCCCGUGAGUCAUGACCAGGGAAAUGCCUGUGAGAAACAGCUUAGACCAGAGAGGCAGAAGGCAAACAAGCCAGGAAAGAGAGGGGGUAAAUCCAUCCGUUGUUGGGAAACGCACAAAGACCUCAAUGAAACCCCAGCCCAGCCGAGAAACCUCACGGAAGAGAGAAAAAACACAUGUACUGAGUGUGGGAAAAACUUCAGUAACCGCUCAGGCCUUAUUAACCAUGAGAGAAUCCACACAGGGGAGAGACCGUAUGAAUGCAGCGAGUGCGGGAAAACCUUCCCUCGGAGCUCAGCCCUUAUCAUACAUCAGAGAAUGCACACGGGAGAACGACCCUACGAAUGCUGUGAGUGCGGGAAAACCUUCAGUAACCACUCAGACCUUAUUCGACAUCAGAGAAUCCACACAGGUGAGCGGCCCUAUGAAUGCAGCGAGUGUCGGAAAACCUUCAGUUAUCGCUUGGCCCUUACUGAACAUCAGCGAAUCCACACAGGGGAAAGACCUUAUGAAUGCAGUGAGUGCGGGAAAAGCUUCAGUUACCGCUCAGAUCUCAUUAGACAUCAGAAAACCCACACCGGAGAGAGACCUUACGAAUGCUGUGAGUGUGGGAAAAACUUCACUGACAGAUCAUCCCUUAUUAAUCAUCAGAGAAUUCAUGUGGGGGAGAGACCCUAUGAUUGCUCCGAGUGUGGGAAAAGCUUCAGUUACCGCUCAGACCUCACUACGCAUCAGAGAACCCACAGCGGAGAGCGACCCUAUAAAUGCAGCGAGUGCGGGAAAACCUUCAGGCAGAGCUCACACCGCAUUCGACAUCAGAAAAUCCACACGGGUGAGAGACCUUAUAAAUGCUGCGAGUGCGGGAAAAGCUUUGCUGACAGUUCAGUCCUUAUUACGCAUCAGAGGAUCCACACGGGUGAGAGACCCUAUAAAUGCUGCGAGUGCGGGAAAACCUUUGCUGACAGCUCCGCCCUUAUUAGACAUCAGAGGAUCCAUACAGAAGAGAGACCCUAUAGAUGCUCCGAGUGUGGGAAAGGCUUCCAUCAGAGCUCAACCCUAACUAGCCAUCAGAGAAUCUGCAAGGGAGAUAAACACCAUGAAAACCUUGUCUAGGGCCGACAAAAUAUAUUUUUUUCAUAAUUUUACCAUUUGAUUCACUGUGGGCCCACAGCUAUCCCAGGUGAUUUACCUGCUUUUGCCUUUUGCAGUUCAACUUUUGGGGUUAAUCCCAUCGUCCUUUCUUUCAGCCCCUUUUUUCCUAAGAGUAAGCCCCUUCGUUUUCAGUUGAAACCAAAUUUUAACCAAAAAAUUUGUGGGUUCUACAAAAAGUAUUAUUCUCCCGCCCCCCCCUCCCAUUUUCACCCUACUUUUGUAGCAUUCAUUAAUAAAAAUAACUUGUUUUAUCAGGAAAAUACAAGACAUGGUAUGAGCUAGACGUAUGCCGAUAAUACAAGUCUGUGUGUACACGCAAAGCUGCCUGUUGAAGGAA